AUGAUGUAAUUAGGCCUUGAUCUGUGGAUGUGAUUGCGCUAUUUGCGGUAGGCUUGCAUGCCACCCAUGCGCGUAUAUAUGUACUCCUGUACCCACACUUGGAAUACGAUCAAUCAUUCACACACUUUCAUGGUAUCAGAGCGGUUACGAUCCGCUACUCUUCCGCAACCCAUACCAGCGCCCGCCGCCGAUCCGAUCGCCACCACCGUCGCUGACUCCAUGUCGCCGGGUGUGUCGCCGGUCUCAUCGCCAGCGCUGCCGAUCCGAUCGCCUACCCCGUAGCUGCCCUCGACACCGGGUGUGGCCGCCGAUCCGAUCGAUCCUGCCUCCGCUUGAUCUCCUGCUGUACGUGCUGUACGUGGCUGUACAACUCCCGGCCGCCGUCUGUGCUGUUCGAUCGCCUGCUGUACACAUCGCCGGGUGCAGCCGCUGCCGCCGAUCGCGCAUCUCUUCUCGUCCCGUGCCGUGAGCGCGCGGGCGCGUGUGCACCAGCCCCGCGACCACUCCCAUGGCGGACGACGACGACGCGGCUGCCACCGCAGCGGCGGCACAGGAGGCCGAAGUCCGCGCCGAGGCCGAGCGCCGCACUGAAGCGGCGCGCCUCCGCGCUGCAGCCCUCGACAAGUUCGAGGCCGCCCAUGAGACCAUCUGGGCGCAGGCCACCGCCGUCGUCAACGUCAAGGCGCUGAUCCCCAUCAUCCUCGACAAAGUGACCAACAGCUACACCAAAUGGCGGGGCAUGUUCCUCACCGUGCUCGGCAAAUAUGCCCUCGCCCCGCACGUGCUCGAGGACGAACUGCACCCCGACCGUCCGGUUUGGGUCCAGACUGAUUGUGUUGUGCUGUCAUGGAUUUUCGCCACCGUCUCCAGCGACCUACAGCAGUCGCUCAUGCUUCGCCAACGCCGUGCACGCGAGGCAUGGUGCUACCUCGAGGACGAAUUCCUCGGCCAGAAGGAGUCUCGUGCCAUUCUCCUGGAGACGCAAUUCCGCAACCUUCGUCAAGACUCCAUGACGAUCACUGAUUACUGCCGCAAGCUGGAGACCAUGGCUGCAUCUCUUGCUGAAUUCGGUGAUCCCAUCGGUGAUCGCCAACUGGUCUUCACUCUCCUUCGCGGCCUCAGUGGUAAGUUCCGCCACAUGGUGUCUAUACUGAAGCUGCAGCGUCCGUUCCCGUCGUUCGCCGAGGCCCGGACUCACCUGCUCCUCGAGGAGAUCGACAUCGACGCUCGCCCACCGUCUCCACCUGCGGCCCUCAUCGCCUCGUCGCCCACGCCACCGGCUGGUGGCCCCGGCCGCCAGGCGCCGGCCACUGGUCCUCCGCGCACCGGCCAGCACAGCCAGGCUGGCGGCCAGCCAGGCGGCCAACGCAACGGCCGCCGGCGUGGCAAGGGUGGCCGCGGACAGGGCCACCAGCCCGGUGCUGGUCAGGGUGGCCAAGGCUCCUCUACAGGCGGUUACGGCGCCCCUGGCCACGGCGCAUCCGCUGGCCAGGGUGGCGUGCACGGUGUGCACCCCUCUUGCACGGUGUGCACGCUCCAGAUGUGGCCGUACGGUGGCCGCCCACCACCAGCACCACCGGCCUUCGCUGCUGUCCCGCAGUACGGCGCACCUUUUGGUGGUGCGUCCAGCGGCGGUUUCUACAGCCCCGGCUCCAGCUACCCGUUCACCUACGGGGGAGGAUCAGCGCCCUCGACACCGACAUUUCAGGGGGCACCAUAUCAGCUGCAGGCUGCCCCCUGGAACCCGGCACAUGGAGGCGCAUGGAACCAGGACUCCUUGGUGCAGAAUUUCAACACCAUGACGCUCCACCCCCCGGCACCUUCGGAAUGGUACGCCGACUCUGGUGCAGGCUCGCAUAUGACUGCGGAUGCUGGAUUUGGAAACCAGGAACGUGAUCGCCAGGUGCAAUAGCUCUGGCGACCUGUACCCAUUUUUUCCACCAGCUACCAGCACCUCCGCACUCCUCGCUGCACCCACCUCGCUAUGGCACCGUCGUCU